UUUUUAGCAGCAGCAUCGAGCCGGCCAUAUUAGAGAGAUGGAAAUAAAGCCUCCUCAAUGUUGUCUGUGUCUUUGAAGUGCAUCCGUGCAGUCUCCGUAGCCUCCCGCCUCCCGCCACCCCUCCCUCCCUGUGGUCCUCCGCCCCCCAACCGCCCCCUCCCGCAGCCCACCUGACUAACAGCUGUGUCUGAAAAUGCACAGAGAUGCCUGGCUACCUCGCCCUGCCUUCAGCCUCACGGGGCUCACUCUCAUGUUCUCUCUGGUGCCACCAGGGCAGAGCAUGGAGGUGUCGGUCCCCACCAUCCUGAACGUGCUCAAUGGCUCUGACGCCCGCCUGUCCUGCACCUUCAACUCCUGCUACACGGUGAACCACAAACAGUUCUCCCUGAACUGGACCUACCAGGAAUGUGGCAACUGCUCUGAGGAGAUGUUCCUGCAGUUCCGCAUGAAGAUCAUCAACCUGAGGCUGGAGCGGUUCCGGGACCGCGUGGAGUUCUCUGGCAACCCCAGCAAGUACGACGUGUCUGUGAUGCUCAGGAACGUGCAGCCCGAGGAUGAGGGCACCUACAACUGCUACGUGAUGAACCCGCCCGACCGCCAUCGUGGCCAUGGCAAGAUCAGCCUGCGGGUCCUCAUGGAAGAGCCCCCCGAGCGGGACUCCACGGUGGCCGUGAUUGUGGGGGCCUCCGUGGGGGGCUUCCUGGCUGUGGUCAUCUUGGUGCUGAUGGUCGUCAAGUGCGUGAGGAGGAAAAAAGAGCAGAAACUGAGCACAGAUGACCUGAAAACAGAGGAAGAGGCCAAGACGGACGGCGAGGCCAACGCGGACGACGGCACCAAGUAACAGGCGGCCGGCCUGCAGCCCCUCCCCGUGUCCCGCCCCUGCCACUCUCUGCCCCGUACUGUGUGACCUUGCCUGCCCUCUCUUGGUGUGAACUAGGCCACAGGGCUGACCUGGGGCCUCCUGAACCCCUCACUUCCUAUCCCCCACCCUGCCCCGAGAGUGACCACCUCUCUUCCAUCGGAGAAACCCGCCGUGGCAUCUGGGAUGUGUGGGCCCUGGGGAGACAACAGAGGGGCUCCGACCUGCAUGUAGGAGGCUCCCAAGGAGAGGCUGGGGCGGGGCUGCAGGGCCUGCCCCCUCUGGCUGCUCCCAGCCCUGACAGCCCCGUCAGGUUUGGAGGUGAUGACGGGUUCCUAUCAUUUUAGGGGCGGGGGGAGCGUGUGAAAGGAUGACUGUGCAUUUGCCGGGCACUGAAGGGAAGCCAGGGCUGGCAGCCAACCUGGACACAAGCCUUGGCCAAGGGAGCUCUGCGGGGCCCUCGUCUCUGCUGCCAGCUGCACCACGGAUGCCUUGGGAUCACUGGUGGGGACAGACCUGGAAGAACAGCUCUGGGGUGGGGGGCUGUGCUCUGCCACAGAUCCCCACCCACGGGAGGCCGCGGUCAUGGUUGGGGAGGGACCAAGGGCUGAUGGCUCCGUGGAGGCAGAGGUGGCUGCAGACUCUGUGUCUGACCAGGUGACCCCCGGCCUGGGCCUAGAGCAGCCGAGGCUCAGACGCGAGGAGGCGGGGUGUGUGGUGGGGCAGCUCCCACCCCGGCUGCAGGCUGGACUUUCCUGGCUGUCCUCAGGAGGGUUUGGGUGAGCGAGAGUUCAGGAGGCCUGAGUGCCCCCCCGCAGCCCGUGGCUGCCCCAUUCCAUCCGGAUCCACGUUACCUGCUCUUCUGCCCCCACGGCUCCCUUUGUGGGGCAGAACGUGGCGUCCACAGGGAGCCGACUCUCACUGCCAUUCACUCCCACCCAAAGGGAACUGUUCAAGCUGAGACAGGCAGAAACUGCUGACUCAGAUAGCAAAACUGCUGACUCAGAGAGCACCAUCUGGAAGGCUCUCAGAGACCAGCCAGCAAGUCCCUCUUAUCACAGAUGGGGAAACUGAGGCUCCAGGGGCCACAACCCCAGGGCCCUGCACUCCUCUCUGGCUCCCCAGCCUCCACCCUGCAUGACAGAGCCGUAGAUUUCCCUGUGGCAGAGGCCUCCGGGCCCUUGUGGGUAAGGGAGGUGAGGUGAAGGGUGCGGGGCUCCCGGGCCCUGGCCCCCCUCAGGCACUCAGCCCCCGCCCUGGCUCAGGGAGUUAGGUGUCCGGGCAGGGAACGAGCCUGGGGAGAGGGUGUGGAGACAGGUCUGUGACAGUCUCAGGGACCAGUCCCAGCCUCUGCCAACAGCUGGCCCAUCUGGAGAGAGAGCGAGAGCAAUAGCACGUGAGAGACUGAGCUGAGCUCACUUCCACCCAACAACCAUUGACCGAGCGUCUGCUGUGUGCCAGGCCCAGUGCUGGGUGCCGGGGACGCGCUCAAAGCCAUAACAGAGCUGUGGCUGCCAGGACAGCGGGGAGGGACCAAGAGUCUGCUUUUGGUGCAUCUAAUUCCACCUGAGUAGCCACUGCCGCCAGGGCUGGGGUCAGGGAAGGAGGAGGAUGCCACAAGCAUGUGGGCACAGAAGCCGGGCAGAGUGGCACAGAGUGGGUGACGGGCAACUUGCCAGACAGCUGCUGGGUGAGGUGAGUCCAGUUCCUCGGCUCAGGACCUAACUGCCAAUCAACACACUGCCACCAGGAUGCCCAGAGCAGGUGGACACUGCCCAUCCUUGGAGCCAGCCAGCUGGGAGCAGAGGAGUGGGCGGCGGGUGCCUCAGACCAGCCAAGAUCUGGGGUAGGGGAUAGAUUUCUGCAGCUCUCAGAUGCCAUUGCCUGGCCACCUCCUGUCCCAAGCGUGACGACCUGUGCUGACGUGGGCAAUUUUCUUUUUCCAGGACUCCUAACACUUGGAAGAAUUAUGUGCAGGGCUCCCUAGGUUCCUUCUAAGAAACUCUAACGCUUUAUCAGAAGGCCCAGGAUCCCUGAGGUCUUCUCCUUAUCUGCCCCAGCCAAGUGGAGGCUAGGGAAAGCCAUGGGCAUCUCCAUGGGGCUCAGGGGCCUGAGCCACGGGGUGGGCCGGGAGCCAUGCCUGCCCCAGGCACUCGCCUUCCUGUGUAUGUCCUUCUCACACCUCGGCCCCUCCUCCUGAGGGCUCAUGGGGUUGCCUCCACCGGGGGGGCGGUGUAGGGAGCAAAACAGGGCUCUUGUGAGUCGAGGCGGGGACACGGGUGAGAUGUUGCCUCCGCGGUCCUUUCGCUACCCUGCUUGCCAGCUUGUCCCAGCCAGUGAGCUGUGCCCCUUCCCGCACCGUGGGCUUGAGCCCCACUUCUGGCUGCAUGCUGCCACCAGUGCACCCGGGCUGCUGGCUCUCGUCACUGCCCCUGCCUCUCCGGUGCUCCCAGAACCCCCUCUUCCCCCCGAAGGGUCACUGUAAAGAGAGACGGGCUGGCUGACCCGUGGGUGUAGCUUAUAAGAACAAAGCACAAUCUUUCAGGACUGAAAUGCCUUGAGGUGCCUUGGAACUGGCUUUGACAAUAGCUCUCGGGACCCUAACUAGGGCCUCGUCACGGUUAGCCACAAUUUAUACAAAGGAGGGGCCGAUUGGAUCCAUCUUUUUCUCUGCGAGUCUCCUUGGGGGGACUCCAAGGUCAGGUGAAGCAGGCAGAAGGAUGCAAAUACUGACCAAGUCCAUGGAGAUCAUCCCAGGCCAUAGGAAUGGCUUGGUGCAGUUAGGAUGGGUGAGGAAUAGAGGACUUUUCCUUCCUGCUUAUGUCUCAAGGACAGGCAGCCUGUGUCUCUUGCUGAUGUCUUCCUUUACUGAAGCUUGCUGAUGCAUCUGUAAAUAGUCUCUCUAUAGGCAUAGAUAUAUUAUAUAUACAAAUAUGAAACAUCUCACAGCACCCACCCCAAGUUACACUGUGCGGGGAGGGUGUGAUGACUUCUCAAUGUUUUGAGUUGAUUCACCAAAGGCAAAUGAUGGAAUGUUCUAUUGCUCUUUGCGCACUUGGAGGGGAAAACCCAACUACUUAUGCACUUUCUGGGUUCUCGCUGGAGCUGGUGGUGGGCACGGGGUUGGGGAGGGGAGGGAGGCUGCGGGGAUCCUGUGUGACCCGACUGCUCGAGGGAUCUGAGUUUGGGAGCAGGCUGGGUUCUUUGGCAGCUUGUCUGUUACAAUAAACAGAUCGUCUCCCCAGAA